AUGGCAUCCUUCCAGCGCCUAACUAUCGGACGCAAUUCGGUGUACAAGGCCAAUGGUACUAAAUCAUAUCUUCAUGCUAUGAGGAAGUACGGCUUCAACCCCACCAAACCAGGCCCCUAUUUCCAAGCCAAGGUACUUCGCCCGCAGAGAAAGUUUGGCCGAGUUGGCGGCCGCAUGCGUGCGCACUACCUUCUGCAGAAACGAGACCAGACUUCAGCAAUUGAGGGUGUUCAGAGCAAGGCUACGACUCAGAGCGAUGGCUCGAGCGAAGGUGAGGUUCCAGCUGAAGACAUUCAGAAUGAUUCGCUGUACCUUUGCGAGGUCAGCAUUGGCACGCCCGCACAGAAGCUUUACCUCGACUUCGACACCGGUUCCUCCGAUCUUUGGGUCUGGUCCACGGAGCUUCCCAAGAGUACUCUCAACAAAGCCAACUCUGCCAACCAACAAGUCGCGUUUGAUCCCAGCAAGUCUAGCACGUUCAAAAAGCUCAAAGGGGAAACAUGGAAGAUCCAGUAUGGGGAUUCUUCCUCGGCGAGCGGCGACGUUGGCACUGAUGUAGUGAACUUGGGUGGUCUCAAGGUCGAAAACCAAGCUGUGGAGUUAGCCAAAGAGCUUUCACAACAGUUUGCAGAGGGUAACGGAAGUGGUCUUCUUGGUCUUGCAUUCAGCUCCAUCAACACUGUGUCCCCAGAUCCACAGAAGACACCUGUCGACAAUAUCAUCGCACAGCAGCCGGGCAAGGAGCAAUUGUUCACCGCGUAUCUGGGCAGCUGGCGUGAUACAGAUGAAGCUGAUAAGGGAGAGAGCUUCUAUACUUUCGGUUACAUCGACCAGGAUAUCGUGACCGCUGCUGGCGCCAGCGAGCCCAACUACGCUGACGUGGAUAACAGCCAAGGCUUCUGGCAAAUCCAGUCCACGUCAGCUACCAUCAACGGAGACACUAUUAGCCGUUCUAACAACACCUCCAUCAUGGACACCGGUACCACUCUCUGUCUGGUAGACGACUCUCUUGUAGAUGCCGUCUACAAAGCCAUUCCUGGGUCCAAAUACGAUCAGAACAGCCAAGGCUACGUUUUCCCCUCAAACACAUCAGUAGACAAUCUGCCAGAUGUCCAGCUUGCUAUUGGAGAUAAGAUGGUGCAAUUUCAGAAAGAAGACCUCGGCUUCGCAGAUGCGGGCAACGGGAUGGUGUACGGAAGCAUCCAGAGCAGAGGAUCCAUGGACAUGGACAUCUAUGGAGAUGCUGUCUUGAAGGCCAUGUACGCGAUUUUCGACAUGAAUAACGGAACUCCGAGGUUCGGAUUCGUGCAAAGAAAAGAAUCCACUCAGAACACUACUGCGCCAUCUUCGCAGUAG